ACAAAACAUGUUAUGCUCAUUUGCACGUUCAACAAACCUCGAUUCGCCUUAGAACGUGGCCAACGGCUCAAGUUUUGUUCUGGGUUUUUCGCUGUGAUCGGUUAACAUAUCAAGGUUGGGGAUGGCCGGACCACCGGUGAUCGAAGGAUCUUUGAAAAACACAAUUCAUGCACUUGCAUUUGGUCUAAUUUGCGCAACGCUAGCUGUAAAUUUUGGAAAAAUUUUCGUCCCUCAUUUUUUCCCAUACAUGGUGGGAAUCAUCAUCCUGAUCGAGGCAGUAUUGUUUGCGCUGGAUAAACCGAAAGAUAAUUACGAGAAGUUCCGAGUCCAUGGAAUUAAAGGAACCCACAGAAUUGAAGGAUCGCCUCAGAUAACAGUGUCUGGGCCGAGCGAAGAUCCCGAAGCUACACCCACUAAGAAGGGGAAGAUGAAAGACAAGUUGAAGAAGGGAAGGCGAGAGAGCGGUGUUCCUGGAUCACCAAGGCACAGUCUAGUUCCUCCUCCGAGUCUUGGGCAGGAAGCAGUGGAUGGAAAAGAGACAGGGAAGGAUAAAGUCAAAGAAAAGUCUGAUAAGGAAAAGAAGAAGGAAGAAGAAAAAGAAAAGAAGAGAGAGAAGGAAGAAGAGAAGGAAAGGCUCAAAGCUGAGAAGAAAGAGGAGAAGGAAAAAGGUGUUGAUGGUGAUGAAGAAAAAGGAAGCUCUUGGAGAAAAAGGCGUGCCAAGACUAAUAAACAGAACUCUGUAUAAUUACCUAUCAGGGAACGAUCCUGAAAUGACAAAGUAGCUUGCAUUACCUUGCCAACAGAUGCGGACAUGACACGUAGUCUGACAAUGAGUACUUCCCUAUUAACAGGAUAGCAAUGUAGCAGCGAGCUGAUCGAGUACCAUUUUCAAUGCACGCCUUAAUGCAAUUUUUGUGACUGUGCAUAACUGAGAUAUUACUUACUUAUACAACCAGCCAAGACAUCAAUUGGUGUAAAAUUUUUGCAAACUGAAAUUUCCAAAAUUUGUCAGUUUAACUUUGUCAUAUCAAGCUAUGUUUUGUUUUUCUGCAUAUUAAUUAGCCAUAAACAGUUCUGCCUGCCUCCCUUGACAUCUAUCAGUAACCCUGGCAACCUUGACAGUUAUAGCCUGCUUUUUUACCAAACUGACAUAAUGACGUAAAGGAGUUGCUAUUCUGAGUAAAAGAAUGAGUGACCGUCUAUAUAUUAAAGUAGGAAAAGAAAUCCUGAAUUUAUCUAUCAAAUGAGUUUCUCGCGCUUUUGAUAUCGAGGGGUCAUAAGCAUAGGAAGGGAAAAGAUUUCAUGCUUUUAGCUCAAGGUUCUUUUAUAAAAUAUCAGCCUAGUUUAAUAGGAUUCCUUUCUAUGGUAAAUGAAUCUAUUUUACUCAAACAAUGAAGUCCAUUGAAGCUUGUAAAAAAACAUUUUUGGAAAUCAGGGGCAAAUAAAGAGGAGGAAACUUUUACAGAGGUAAA